GCGGCCUCGGCAACUGCGUUCUGCGCUCAGCUGUGGAGAUAAGCGCAUCCCUGGAGCAGAAAACUGCCCCCGGCCACAGGCUGUGCUAACCUGGUAUUUCCACCGACUGCCCCAGUAUGUGGAGACGGGAUCGGGCAGGCAACUCUACAGCCCGCAGAAAUAUCAGAUCGUGGAGUCAGCACCCCCAGACCUUUUGAAAACGAUCUCUGGCAAAACAACAAGAGUACAGAUACUGCUGAACCCCCAGAGCCGCGGAGAGGAGCGAAUCCAAAGAACGGGGAUUACUGAUCCGGGUUUCCGCUACUGAAAACGGGGUUCGAAAAACACAAUUUUUAACAAGGUCGCUGUGUUCUCUAUCUGGACAGACAGUGCUGCUGUGUGAAGAUCCAGUCACCCACCAUCCUGCUGAUAUAGGGGAGCCCGGCAUGCACUCACUUGUUGAAUACAGAAAACUGUGUGCUGCGCUAGGAUUUGAUUAAGACGUGAUGCAGAUACAGUCAACACACCAACCGAAGAAUCCGUAGAUGUCCCAUAUUGAGUCCAAUAUGGACCCAAACAUAGUUCAGCAGUGUUGCUGUUAUUGUACUGGAUACAGUGUACAACGUACGAACAAAAGGAUCUACAAUUUAAAAUCGCUACACCGGCAAUUGCAACUUGAACCCCGCACCCAGAAUAGGCACAUCUGAUGCAAAAGGGAUUUUUUUCUGUAACAUUACGAGUAAAUGGAACGUCGCUAAAUUUAAACAACCUCCAAAUAAAACUAACUGUGAGACCAAAACUAUAAUUUAGAGCAGCUGUACAGUACUGUAUAUUCUAGAGAGUGAAAACAUAGCCUUAUUUGGGUAUCGGUUUGACUGUGACAGCUGCGCUACCAAAGCGAAGAAAAUGGAACUGAGGAUCUCGUAAGAAUUAUUUUAGGAUUCAGCACCCCUGCCUAAAACUAAAGCAAGAAACACUUAAACUGGGCUGUUCUGUUAAAAGGCGACUCGCAGCGUGUUUCAGAGCAAGCGUGGUUGAAUUAAGGAGUGUUUUGAAGUGACAAUGAGGGAUCCCAAGACACCUCACCGCCUUCACCCUCACAAUCCGAGCGACUUCUACUCGCUAGCCCUCAAACAGGAAGCGUUUUUAUAAACUUGUGUAUUAAUAUUCAGUUCUGGGCGCAGUAAUGCAUAUAUUAAUUGUUGAAACUUAACAAACCCUCAAUUAAAAAAAUAAAACCGCUCAAGAAGUGAAUGUUACGGGUUUGUGAGUGUUCAACUACUGGUCUUUGUAUGCGCUAGCUUCAUGCACCAAAGGAUUCACUGCACUGAGUGUUUGCAAAGAUCUCUGAGGAGAGUUAAAUAAUUGAUCUCAUUGUAUGAGGACGGGCACAUCGAAUUAUUAUUUUUUUAUAGAAGUGUGAACUUAACGAGCGUACAAAUAAAACCACUGUUUAGUUGCACAGCUUUUUUUUGGAGCUGGUAUAACCAAUCUAGAUCGAUCAAAAACCAUGGACUGUUCAUACGGGGUGCGUUUGUAGUAGGGUAUUCUGUAGCCCCAGCGCAGAAGACAUGGACAAUCCUCCACAGGAGCAAGCUGAGCUGGAUGACAUUCUCCAGAGGCUGAGGGAGGAUGGACAGGAGCCUGGGGCAACGGCGGACGAGCGGCUGCGUCACCUGUGGCGUCUGUACCUGCGCAGCGAGGGUAGCCUGCGCGCCCUCGCUCAGGACCUGGAGGAGGUGCGCUCGCAACAGAUAGCCGAGAUGAAAGAGGUGGAGAACUAUGUGGAUCACAUCCGCAACCUGUCUGAGGAGCGCGAGGCCCUGACCGCUGAGUAUGAGCGAGAGAACGAGCAGCUCCGCGGGGAACUGCAGCAGCUGAGGCUCGAGCAAGAAGCCCAUCUGAAGGAGGUGGAGGAGAUGCUGGAUCAGGAGGGCCUGGCUGAGAUCUCCCACAGCAGCCCCAGCGAGCAGAUCGCCUACCUGCUAGUGGAGAGAGCCACUCUCCUGGAGAAGCUGGAGAGCGCAGAGAGGAAGCUGGAUUCCCAGAGCUACACAGGCAGCCUGCGGGAGGUACAUCUACAGGAGGAGCUGGACCAGAUUCGACAGACACUUGAAGAGGAGCUUCGGCAGCAGAGAGAGUCUAUGCAGCUCACCAAAGAGACCAUGAACAAGGACCCCCUGUCCCCAACCACGAGCUCCUGGAAGAAGCUGUUUGGCGUCCGUACGGCAGCACAGGGCGCCCAUGGUGGUGCUUCAACCCACGAUACCGAGCUGUCGAGUGAGCGGCGGCGGCGGGAGUGUGCAGAGCGGGAUCUGGAUGAAGCGUCUCGCCGGCUCUCCAUGGCGCACAAGGAGAUCCGCAGGCUGACCGACGAGCUGGACAUCGCCAGGAAGGCAGGCAGCGACCCAGAGCUACAGAGAGCACGUCAGGAGGUGGAGCAGCUGCGAGUGGAAGUGGAGGAGCUGAAGGAGAGCGACCUGCUGGAGCUGCAGAAGGCGAAGGAGCACAACGUGAGGCUGGAUAAAGAGAUCCUGUCUCUGAGGAGCCGCGUGCGCUCUCUGGACUCGGAGAGGAAGGCCCUGCUCCAGACGGUGGAAAAACUGAAGAAGGAAGUGCAGGAAAACCAGGUCAGAGAGACUGUGUCAGAGCUGGAGUCUCAGCCUCUACAGUUGAACCAGACUGAACCCAAACUCCUCAGCCAGGAUGGCGCCACUGCCUCCCUGGCACAGACAGCGUGUGCUGGAGACACAGAGAGUGGUGCCCACCAGCAAAUCCAUGAGAGGUGUCAUCAGGAGCUGCAGGACCAGGGCUUCCAGGUUCAAGAGCUGCGCAGGAGGCUGCUCAAGCUGCAGAGAGAGCAUGAGGAGCUCGGGGAGCGCAACGAGGAACUGGAGUCCAUCCUGGGAGAGACACAGAACCGAACCAAAGAGGAGAGGGAGCGAUUCGAGAGCGAGACUGAGGGACUGCACAGGAAGAUCACAGGGCUGGAUGCAGAGCUGUCCAGACUGCGUAAGAAACAGCAGCAAUGGGAGGUGGAGGGCGUGGCUGUGCCCAGCUCUGAGAUGAGUGAUGCAGAGCAGGCCCUGCAGCAGCAGCUGAAGAGCAGCCGGGACAGGGAGGCGGUGUUGGAGGGGUGUCUGACGGAGGAGAAGGAGUGGAGGAAGCAGCUGGAGGCGGAUCUGAGUGCUGCACAGCACGCACUGAAGAAGAGCAAGGAGGAGCUGCAGCAGUGCAGGGCAGAGAUGCAGAGUCUCCGUGCCUCAGUGGAGGAGAGCAGCGUCCUGAAUGCCAGCCUCACCCAGGCCCGGGAGGAGAGGACCCUGCUCGAGAGGAAGGUUUGUGAGCUGGAGCUGAGUGCAAAGCAGCUGGAGGGAGAUGUGGAGCAGCACAGGGCAGCCUGCAGCCUGGCCCAGGAGGAGCUGAGGGGGUGCAGGGAGAGGGAGGCAGAGCUGAGAGGAGAGCUGAGCAGAGCGGAGAGGGAACGCAGCCCAUUGUGGGGGGAGGUGCUGGAGAGCCGUGCCCAGGGGGCCUCCCCUCAGCAGCGACUGAGCGAAAGUGUGCAGGAGCGGCUGACAGUCCAGGAGGAGAGGCAGCGGCUGGGUCUGGAGCUGCAGAGCAAUCAAGAGGUGAGCCACAGACUGAGGCAGGGGGCAGGGAGGGAGGCCAGCCCAGAACAGCCCCAGCACAGGCCUUCCCACAGAGUUACGGAGGAGGGAGUCAACCAGCUGGUCUCUCUGAAGGUGGAAAUGGGUCGCCUGCAGUCCACCCUGGAGGAGGAGCGUCUCCUAGCCAGCCAGCACCAGCUUGCCCUGCAGGCUCAGAUAGGGGAGGGGCAUGGCAGGGCCAAGUCCCAGGAGAGCCUGCUCCAGCAGAUGGGGGAGGAGUGUCGGCAGCUGAAGCAGGACCUGCAGAGAACGCAGAACCUGUUCUCCUCGGCGGAGAGAGAACUGCGAUACGAGAGAGAGAAGAACCUGGACCAGAAGAGACACAGCGCUCUGCUGGAGCAGGAGAACACCAAGGUGAAAGCUGAGCUGAAGCAGGCGCAAUCCCGGCUGGCAGGUGUGGAGCAGGCCAGCGCCUCUCUGAGCGCGGAGCUGGAGAGCAGCCAGCAGAGAGGCCGGGAGCUGGAGCUAGAGCUUCUGCACAGAACUGAGAGCGGCCGAGCCCAGCGCAGCCUGCAGGAGGAGCUGAGGGCAGAGAGCUCCCGCCUACUCAGCGCAGACAAGAAGGUCUGGGAGCUACAGCAGCAGCUGAAGGGAGCUCAGCACCAGCUGCGCCUGGCAGAGACCCGGGUGCAGGAGAUGGAGCAGCUGCAGAGAGAGGCUCGAGACAGCACAGAGAGCCUGGCCACGCUGAGAGGCAGACUGCAGGAGGAGCAGCUCUGCAGGAAGCUGCUGGAGCAGAAGGGGGAGGAGCUGCAGCAGCAGCUGCGCUUGCUGAGGGAGAAGGAGGCAUCUCUGAGUCGCAGCAACACCGAGCUGAAUCAUCGGCUGCACCAGCAGGGGGCGAGGUUGAGCGUGCUGGAGGAGGAGCACAGCACAAUAACAGAUGAGCACCAGCACAGCCAGAAGACCAAUCAGAAUCUGUCUGACCAGCUGUUGUCAUCCCAACAUGAGUCAGAGAGACUCCAGGAGGAGCUCCGGCGAGUUCUGCACCAGCUGGACUCACUCGUCAGACGGUGCAGCGAGAAGCAGGCCAGGCACAAGGCAAAGCUCCGGCGAGCAAAGGAGUUUUUCCUGAGAGAGACAGUGGAGAGAGACGGCAGGAUUAGGAAGCUGGAGAAGGAUCUGAUGCUGGCGAGGAGCCUGGCCGAGAAGGAACAGGAAUGGAUUAGGAAAGUGACAGAUGUGAAUGAGAAACUUCUGGUGGAGAAACGGGAGCUGUUGAGACGUCUGAGUGAGGAGGAGGAGUUGGGACAGACCUGCACUCGCACCAUCUCCACCAGACAACACAGGUUGAACUGCCUGGAGGAAGAGAACAGGCAGCUCCAGGAUAGAACCCUGCGGCUGUCCAAUCAGGUCGGAGUGUUGGAGCGCACUCUGAGGAGUGUCCAGUCUGUCUGCGGUAUGGAGGAGCUCAAAAAAGCCUUUCCCACCAAAAGCCUGCUUUUGAACGGCAGCCUUCUGCAGUCCAGCAACACCAGUCUGACCACGGGGGUGUGUGACACUCUGGGGAUCCUGGAUGCUAUCCACAAGGUGAAGGCCAGCGAGCCGCCAGAGAGCCUCAAGUCCUCCUUCUCCACCCUCCGCUCCCAGCCCUCGGACAUCGGAUACCUGAACCUGAGCUUCCCCUCAGCCAGGCCAGGCUCCCAUGACCCCGAUGAGAGCCCAAGUCUGGGCAGUGACGAGGUGUGAGCCCCCUGGAAGGACAGCUGCAAGGGUGCUAGGGACCAGGAGGGACACAGGGCAGGCAGGAGGGACCAGGAGGGACACAGGGCAGGCAGGAGGGACAGCGGGCAGGCAGGAGGGACACAACGGGGAGGCAGGAAGGCACCUGGCAGGCAGGCCCGUCUCUCCUAGAUCUCAACUCCAGGCUGGAAAUCGGCUCCCCUGGGCUGGAAAUAAAGCUGACAGGAGACAAACCAGUGGUCAGUUACUGUGUACUCUUGAGUUUUCCUUCCACGACAAUCUGCCCCAGACUAGUUAGUGUUGAGAGAAAUCAUGUCAUUGUAAUGAGCUAGUCCAGCUAAAGGAAUUAGUAAAGAUAUGCUUGCUGUAUAAAAACUGUAUGCAAUGUAGGAGACUGUACUAUGUAUAAUGAAACUGACAUAACCGUUGUCGAAGCAGCAAAUCAGCAGAACACGCCAGGCAUGCCCAGAAUAGCUCCUACCUUUUAGACAGGUGUUAUAUUUAAAUGAUCAUGAUGAGAAAUUCUGUAUCCUGUUUCUAUAUUUUAAAUGUUGGGACAAUCCGUGUGACUCCCAGUGUUUGUACAGGGAGUCAUUUCUGUUGGACUAAAGUAAAGCACUUUCAGCAGACAGGAGAAACUGCCUGCCCAGGUUUACAAGUAUUGAGAAGAAGGCUCUGUUAAUAAUCAAGUGAUUAACAGUCCAACGUUAUGACUAAUUAGAAAGGCAGAAGCAGCCCUGUAAAAACAAGAUAAGAAGCAUUAUGGCAUGAGACUAUCUGUGAACUUUCAUACCUUGUUGAUAUCUUUGUUGAUCAUGUUUAGAAAUGCUUUUUAAUAGAUUCUAGUUUUUAUUUCCAGAAAAGUUACAAUGAGAAGUGUUCUUUAUUUUCAUAUCACAAAACUGCCGUAUCAGAUUUCAUUCCAUCAUGAACUGCUACCACUGCUUCUCUAUUUAUUCAAAACGUGUUUGUGUUUUUGGACUGAAAUAGCAGAGUGUUGCCCCAGUCACAACUGUAACAAGGAUACAUUUUAGAUAUGAUAAAUAGGAAACAGAAAAACACCCAUGAAAUACAAUCAAACCCACCUAAUAUCACUCCAGUUGGUGCUACCCUCUGGGUAUUAUCACCCCGUUGAAAUGCCCCAAACACUAGAAUUUAAGGUGAGUCAAUGGGGACAAGUUCCUGAUAACAAUAGACCAGUUUACAUGUUGGUUUGUUUCACGUGAAUGGACAAUGCGUGUGAAACUUGGCAGGGAAAGCUUGUGAAAAUGUCCCAAAAAACGGUCUCAGUAUUUUACAAUAAAAGUCUCAAUUUCUUGUGAGAUUCCAGAAAAUGCUUGUGCAAUCAAUGCCCACUUACACAUGUAAACAUGAGUUUCUCGUGAGAAUGUUAAUUAGCUUGUUCAAGUUCUUUUCUAAAGCCGCUAUAAAGUCACAUUGGAAUAAGUAACCCCACUUUUUUCUCUGUCUUCCCAGAACUUCAUAAUGCUAAUCAUACAUGGAUCUAAAUGUCUUUGUAAAGUAUCAUACAGAUUGCAUUUACCAAGUUUCUAUUUAAAACUAUUACAAAAA